AUGGAAAUUAGUAACAACGAGAUGAUGCCGUUAUCCGAGGGCGAGAUGUGGGUGAACUUUGUGUUCCAUCCAGAUGGCCCAGAAGAGGAAGCGAUCGUCCCCGUCCGUCUGCCGGUGCAGCGCAGCCUAUUGUCGUCGGAGGAAACCGCAAAAUCCAUAAUACCCCCGCUGCUUUCCCGCACGACCCUGCCGGAGUUGUUUCACCACAGUCCAGAAUUCAUCAGAUAUUUGUCGGCGAGCGUUUGUUCGUUGCCCAGCGACGUGCACCAUCUGUAUGUCCACGGCCACGUGGCUUGGGAUGACGGAGACCCAACUCUGAGUCUCUGGUUUUACUAUUUGUCGACGGGGGAUUCGAGCAGCAGCACCGACGUGAUCAAGGUUAUGAUUUCACACCCGGAGCCAGAAUCCGCAGUUCAGGCGGUGGAGCUUGAAGAAGCUUCGCAGUGUGUGAUUUGCAUAGAGGACCUUCUGGUUGGGGUUGAAGCUGCCAAGCUGGCAUGCUCACACGUGUACCAUCGUGGCUGCAUUGCCAAGUGGCUUGAUAGUAGUAACCAGUGUCCCUUGUGUCGGUCCCAGGUUGUCUAA